AUGCAGUCCCCUGCUGAUAAACAGACAGUUACCCCCCCUCCCACCUCUACUAAACCCAGCAAACGUGAUAAGACAGCCAUGUCUACAGACGCUGCUGUCAUUGGGGGAGUUGGGGACGCAUCCCAGGAGCACGUGAACUCAGAGGAGUUCCAGGCGCUCCUGGAUGCCACGAUGAGUAGGUCUGUCACACAGGCCAUUUUUAAUGCCAUGGGGGCGAUGUCGGACACCCUGUCCCACUCCAUUUCCUCUGCUAUUAGGGCAUCCGGUCACAACCCGGGCUCGGCACCCCCUAUAUCCAGUGAUAGCAAGCCAAUGGUCCCUAGCGGCCGCAAGGCUACGUGUAAAUCGCACCAUCUGUCAGGUGCUACCUCCAGAACCAGUAAGACGGACAGGUUGCGCCCUGUUGAGAUUGAUGACGUGGUGCUCCCACGUAAAAGAGCCCCCCGCCGGGCAAAAACGGUGCGGACUUGGAAGAGGGCAAAAGCCCUAUCUGAUCCGUCCGACUCCGACUCCGACUCAGAGGAGGUAUCAGAUGGGUCCGAUGACAUCGACCCAAUUAAUUCAGACAAUUCAUCCCCCGAACGCAGCGACACCGCGCCUCCAGCUCUAGACGCGGAGCGCGAGACGGAUGAGUCCGCUGUGUUAGACCCCCAAGGGGGCGUUCAGCGGAGUGGUAUCCCACGACUCAUGUGGCCGUUUAUAUUGCGACUAG